UGUAAAAGAAAUAGAAAACAGAACAUCUAAGAAUAUGGCGCUUAAAGUAUUGUGAGGAAAAAAAGAAACAAAGCUCAAUAAACACUGCAUGACCAAAUACUUCAGAUUUUAUAUUGCCCCUGGAAUCGAUAAAAGCAAUUUGAAGAAUCAAAAACAUUUUUGACGCAUUUAUGGAUUCGGCUUAGGUGGAAAUGUAGUUAAUUUCUUCUUAAAUGUUGAAUAUUCAUCGGAAGAAAUGAUGACAUAACCAAGUACAAAAACAAAUCGUUGAUCAUUAACCAGGCAAAUCAAUCUUACACGUGUUGCUAAGAUGCUCCAAGGCAAGAUUACUGAGUGCAUUUUGUCUGAUUUGAGCAAAUAAAUUGGUAAUCCCGCUGAAAACGACCAAGUCAAUUUUGGUCUCUAUCAACAUCAGACUCGCAUGGAAAAAUUGUCAGGAAUUACAGCGUAAAUGAGGACAUAAAAUAGGACAAUGUUUGCGAUGUUCGAAGGAAGAUUUGUGACGUCAAUAUAGGAGACCCACGAAGGCACCUCUCGUGGCAUGUUAAAAUUAUCGAACGUAAAACCCGCGCGGGAAGACGCACACUAGCUAUCAUACAUCACCGAUGUAUGGACGCCUGAAAAAUAUUUUAUGGUAUUGGUGAACACAAAAGCAACGGACUUUACUUUACGGGACAUUUCUCAUUUUAUUCUGAACUCCUAGUUCUAUCUCUAGAACAGUAUGAAGAUGAAAAGGCAUUUCAAUUUUUCUUCUGUUACAUCCGAACUCGCCAACUAAACUGGGAAAUGAAUGCUUAUUGCUUAAAAGUGGAAGUCAACUUUUAGGGGAAGAAAACACACAAUUAUUUUGGAUUAUGCAUUUGAAGUUCAUUUCAUAUCUGACUGGAAGAUUUGGCAAUCAAUAAUCGUGCUGGAUCUCAAAUGAUGAACGUAUCUACCCCAUCAACUGAUUUUUUAAUUAACGAUUCGACAUUUAUCCCAACUGAAGCGGACGUCAUUGACUACAGCCAAAGUGUCUUGAUUUUCUUUACCGUCAUCAUGAGCCUGCUCACCGUAGCUAUGGCCGUCGGGAAUAUUUUCGUCAUCGUAGCUCUCGUCACAUUGAGACCCCUGCGUUCGGCGUCCAACCAGUUGACGAUCAACCUCUGCGUCGGUGAGACAAUCCUUGGGCUUGUCGUCAUGCCAUACGGGACCAUGACUAUGUUCUUGCGCAUGCCGGUAUGGGGUGAGGCCACAUGUAUAGCUAUGGCUUUUAUCAAGAUGACCAUCAUGUAUAGUACGAAUCUGACUUUGAUGGCCAUUGGUAUUGAUCGAUACAUGAAAGUAAAACACACCACGGUCCAUCGUUUGCGAUUUAAAAGACCAUUGAUCAUCAUCCUCAUUACGUGGAUCCUUAGUUUGCUAUCUGCAUUACCCCCUCUUGUUGGUUGGGGUUGGUAUCACUGGGUUCAGGUGAAACCCAUAUGCACCAACGACUGGAUAGACAGCGUGUCAUAUACAUUGUUUUUAGUUAUUGGUUUCAUGUGUAUCCCGCUUUGUGUUGUUUUCUAUUGCUAUGGAAGCAUUGUUCGUGUUGUAGUUCAAAGUCGACGACGGCUCGACGUUCAUCAGAGAAAAGACAUAAAAGACGCCACUCCUCAUACGAGUGGUGGUCUGGAUUCUUUGGAGACUAAAUCAGAGCAAGUCGGGAUACACCUUGAGCCAGGAAAAUGGGCAAGUCGCACAGAUAGAGCUGUCAACACUCUAGCUGUAAGUGUCAUUGAUACCCCUCCACCCCGUCCGCAGCAAGAUGCAGUCAGACCGGAAAUGCAACCAAGGUUCCUAGGCCGAUCAAAUGGGACAGAAAAGAAACCGAUGAAACGGGUGAACAGGGCGGACAUAGCAGUCAUAAGAACUAUGAUCAUAGUAGUCAGCACUUAUGUUAUUUUCUGGUACCCCUACAUAAUUUGCAUGUUGAUUAAAAUCGUGACAAAGGAAAGGAUGUCUUUCGUUGUUGAAUCAACAACCAUUGAACUUGCUUAUAUAGGAAUGGCUCUGAAUCCCAUCAUCUAUGCAGUUUCGAACAGAGGAUUCCGACGUGAUCUGAAAUCGACUUUUAAACGAAUUUACAAAAAAGAAAGAUGAAUGUAGCAUCUAUUCCUAAAGACCACUUUUUUGGAUAUUGCCAAAAUAUGAAGAACAUGAUUGUACAUGAUGUACGUUUGCAAAUUAAAAAUACACAGAACGAUGACAUUCCCGAGAUAGAAAGAAGAAUUGUUAGGAUUAUAUUUGCAGAUGACCAACAUCUAUUCCCAUUUACUAACAAAUAGUAAUGCACUAUUCUAUAAAAGAAUAAUUACAUUUAAGUAGAUUGGAUGAGAAAAGCAUUUUGUAUCAUGGUAAUUAAGACAUGAAACUUUCAUUUGGAAAGUUAGAGAAGCUUCUUUGGAUUAAGGAAUUCGCUUGUUCACCCAAGGUAAAUCGCGACUGGGUUUUCUAUUCUUCGUCGUCAAAGUUUGAGAGUUUUAUAUGGAAGACAUAAUUUAUUUCAUAAGACGAGUCAUUUUUGUCUACUCCUACUUCUUGAAGUUUUUUGGGGGAUAUUAAAUGUAUGAAUUAUUCGUGCUAUUUUGAAUAUACAUUAUUGCAUAAGAGUCCAUGAGGUCAUUCGCAUACUAGUAUACUUUUGUAAUUAUCUCUCAACGCAUGCCCAGAAGGCAAUUUAGUUUGUAUUUAAUGUUACAAGUGCAUUAAUGUUACAUAUUACUAAGAAAUAACGAUAACUAAAGGAAUGUGUAAUUUCUUUGAUCUGAUGUUGCAUUAAAAAACAUAGGGGGCCAUUACAUAAACAUGAUAAAUAAAGUCUGCUCGCACAUAAAUACCUAAUGUAUCUUUAUGAAUGACUUGAUAUUGCAAGCCGGAUUGGAUUUUAACAAUUACCUGUUACAUCAGCUAAGGAAUUUCACAACAUCAACAAUCUUUACAAAGUAUUUUCUUAAUGGAAAACCAUAUAUAUAUCUGCUACAUAUUCAAUUAUAAAGGGGUUAAUCAUAAAUGCAUAUUUUGUGGAGACACAAGAUGGUGUUUCAAUUAUCUGUCACUAGAGUAACGAAUAAAUUACUAAACACCCGAGAUUACUUUAGUUAGGUUUUAGGUUCUUAAAUAUCUUUCGUCGCUGCAACUACUUGAAAUAUGCAUUUGGUCAACUCCCUUGGGAACGCUUACAACGUACAGAUGAUAAAAAGGCAGAAUAAAUAUAUCAUUGAAAUGAAAUUAGAAAAAGGCGAUGCGUUUUUUUCAACUUGAUGAUAAUCUUUUGUCAGUGUUUUAGAUCUAUGAUGAAACGGGGUAACCGCGGUCCCGCUGUGAUCAUGAUUUUGAAGUGAAUUAAAGAGAUGAAAACUGACAAAAAUAGAAAAAAUGAAGGAAGAAGAAGACCAAAAAAAUGAUGGCAACUACUGCAACUUUCCACCUUACACUUUUGUUUUUUUCAUGAAUUCGUCAUUUCAGUUACGUCUCAACCUCCCCAAAAUGAAUAACAAUUUUUUUCCUUGGGAAAAACUUUCUCUUAUUCAAGUUAUUUCAUCCACUUUAGCGGACAUUGAAAUAUUCUAAAAUUGUUCAAAGUUGAUCAAAGGAAUUUUUGGAAUUUGUACCCUUUCUUAGGUAAGCAUGGCUAAGUAUACAAGUAAACGCAUGGAUCUCCCCGAACGCAGACAAUACACACACGCACACCCUCAAACUCACACACCAUAAUUUGCUUCUAUAUUAAUCACACCAUGCCAAAAUGCAUCAAGUUCAUAUGACUGCAAAUUUGUCGUAUGGAGCAAGGAAAUAAAAAAUGUAUGCCGUGACGCAAACCUCUAAAAUAUUUCCUCAUGAAUCUAUCCAGCUAAUAGAACACGUAACUUUACCCCCCCCCCCUCCGUUAAUACUAACGGACACAGAUGCAAGGGUUGUUUUUUAUAUAAUAUAUUAUUGGUUGCAACUGUGCGUCCUUGGCUCAUGUCUUAAUAUGAUUCUAACUUGAUUUUUUAUGAGGACGCCUGACUGAUCAUAAUGAUUCAAAUAGAAAAGGACAGAUGAUGAAAAGAUUGUACCAUGACAUUACGUCAAUGGUGACAUGAUAGACAUGUAUAUUGUUAAUUGUAUGUGAAAUCAAUCUGAGUUUGGUAAAACGCCUUUAUUAGAUAAAACUGCAAUGUAUUGAUUCUCCUCAAAUGAGGAGAGUGUAUGCAGUAUGUUUCACGUGACAAUUAAAUCAUUGUCAUGGCUUCAUAAAUUGUAAUUUCAAACAGUUUAUCUCGCGCUCACUUGUUCAUCCGGUUUAUUUUCAAUUGGUCUUAUGCCAAUUCGUCCAAUCACCGACUUUUCUACUAUCAUUUGGUCU